GAAGCUCUGCGUAUGUCCGACUCUUUGCUCGUCCAGAGACUUCGCCCUGUGCUCCCUCCGACUGGUAUAUCCAUUCACGAAAGCAACCCCCGACGCGUCCGGAAUCCCUCGAGUCUUCACGAAGACGGCAGCCAGGACCGAGACGUUCACGCGUGUCGUUCUCUGCGGCAAGAUUCACCCCUCGUUUCUUCCGCGACGAGAAGGGGCGGCGUUCGUUCCGGGCGACUUCGUUGGAAACGCGUGCUGGAAGCCAACGCGAUCAAUCCCGCGACGUCGAUUGCACCCCGAGCUCGAUACCGCGGACUCCUAGCCAACGAUCGAUUGAUUUUUCCGACGAUAUUCAAGAAGAGAGUUAAAAGUGUUUUUUCGGGGCCAAAGCAGCCCGGCAAGCGAAGAGGCUCCGGGAUCAAAGCAACAGCAGGAAGACAUGGGCCCGAUGCCGGAGGCUUCAGGAUCUGGGAUGACGACCGACGAGGAUGAUUACUCGACUUUCGAGAAUAAAACCGGCCUGGCCGAGGACAUGAAGUUUUUGGCGAGUAUGCCGGAGCUCUGCGACGUGACAUUUCUCGUCGGUGACACCAGGGAGCCAGUUUGCGCUGUAAAAGCUGUGCUCGCGGCCAGAAGCAGAGUCUUCCAUAAAAUGCUAUAUCAAACACCGAGUCCGCAGCGCAAAAAGGAGCCGCCGGCGCGAGAAAACAAGAUUCGGCUCUUUCUCAAGCGCAGCUCUGAGCCGCUGUUAAAUUUGCAGAACGCCGCUCAACAGCGGUCAGGGUUCACGCAGCAACUGGCCCCCAUCCAAGAGCCGCAAUCACAUCAGCAUCAUACGCUGAUUAUCGAGGAGUUCGAGCCCGAUGUCUUCCGGCAGCUGAUCGAGUAUAUUCACACGGGAUGUGUGACAUUACAGCCUAGAACCUUGCUUGGAGUCAUGAACGCCGCCGAUUAUUACGGAUUGGAUGAGCUUAGACGAGCAUGCUCAGGCUUCGUUCAAUGUUGCAUAACCGUUGAUACAGUCUGCGCUCUGUUAGCAUCAGCGGAACGUUAUAUUCAGUAUAAAUGCACGAAAACCUUGGUUCAGAAGGUACUGGAGUUCGUCGAUGAGCAUGGCAAUGAAGUACUAAAUUUAGGGUCCUUCACGUUACUGCCGCAACACGUUGUCCGCUUGAUCCUGGCCAGAGAAGAACUACGUGCAGAUGAAUUUACGAAAUUUCAGGCCGCACUGAUGUGGAGUAAAAAGUAUUGCGACAACAAUCAAAAUACACCGUUGAAAGAUGUAAUUGGUAACUUUAUCGAGUAUAUACAGUUUCACAAAAUUCCGGCUACCGUGUUGAUGCAAGAAGUGAAUCCGUUGGGAUUAGUGCCACCAGAGAUCAUCAUGAACGCAUUGGCUUAUCAGGCAGACCCAACCAGUGUUGACCCCAGAAAAUUCUCUCCCCACAGAGUGAGGAGACAGGGUCGCAGCAUGUCGGUCCAGUCAUCACUGGAUCCGUAUGGCAGCAUCACGACCUUGAGCUCGAGCGGCUCCGACGCCGGAUCGGAUCAGAAACAAAAUUCUGGUAGCAACUAACCUCAGGCCACGGCCGCACUGAU